AUGCUUCUUUCCCUUCAUUUGCUUUGGCUACCUUUUGUAAUAUCGAUAGCCACAGCAGCUGAAUUUAAUACACAAUAUUGUGGCCACAACACAACCCGUUUCACAAACACCACUUAUUAUAUAAAUCUCAUCCAAGUUCUAGAUUCACUUGCUGAUAACACAGUCAAUGAAAGCAAAUUCGCAUAUCAUACUGCUGGAAGUAGCCAUCCAGACAUCGUAUAUGGUGUCUACCUUUGUCGGGAGGAUGUUCUCCCAAAUGACUGUCGUAACUGCUUGCUUGAAGCCCGUCAAGAUAUCAUUAAGACAUGCCCAUCAUCAAAACAUGCAGUUUAUUGGAAGGAUGACUGCAUGUUACACUAUGCCGAUUAUUCAAUGUUGUCGAUGAUGGAUCCAGCUACUUUUGUGCCUGAGUGCAACAAGAUUAAUAUUUCUGAACAGUUAUCAGAGCAAAGUCGGUUUUGGGAAGCUGCUAGGGUUUUCAUGAGCAGAUUGGCAACCGAGGCUUCAACUGAUCCAAAAAAGAAGUUUGCAUUUAGCGAGUUAAGCUACGAUAAGAAGGAAAAGGUUUAUGGUUAUGUACAGUGUACACCAGAUUUAUCGGGUUUUGACUGUGGUCGAUGCUUUCAAGUUAGCAUUGAUCGUUUGGGAGAGUAUUGUCUUGGAAAACAAGGGGCAAGAGUUUUGACCCCGAGUUGCAAUGUUAGAUUCGAGAUGUAUAAGUUCCUCCGAUUCUCAGCAACCUCAUCGGAGUCAACGUCAACAGGGAAAAAUAACAUCUCAAUAAAUAUAGUUGCAGGCAUUGUUGCUCCGAUUGGUGUUCUAUGUGUGAUAGUGUGCAUGUACCUUGUGUUCAUGAGGAAGAAACGACGUGCUCUCACAUUAACUGAUGAUAGUGAAAUUAUAACCGAGGAAUCUCUACAAUUCGAAUUGCGUACAAUCGAAGCAGCUACAAACAACUUCUCCAAACAUAAUAAAAUAGGUGAAGGUGGGUUUGGUGGAGUAUAUAAGGGAGUUCUUGCUAAUGGCAAUGAAAUUGCUGUGAAGAGACUAUCAAAAGUUUCGGGACAAGGUGCAUUGGAGUUUAAGAAUGAGGUUGUGUUGCUCGCCAAGCUUCAACACAGAAAUCUUGUGAGACUUUUGGGAUUUUGCCUUGAAGGGGAAGAGAAGAUCCUCAUAUACGAAUAUGUUCCUAACCAUAGUCUUGACUACUUUCUAUUUGAUUCCACAAAACAAGCACAAUUGGAUUGGUCAAUACGUUAUAGAAUAAUUGGAGGAAUUUCUAAAGGGAUGUUGUACCUACAUGAAGAUUCUAGAUUAAGAAUUAUCCAUCGGGAUCUCAAAGCUAGCAAUAUAUUGUUAGACGAAGAAAUGAAUCCAAAAAUUUCAGAUUUUGGCAUGGCAAGAAUUUUCUGCGGAAAUCAAACACAAGGAAAGACAGAUAGAAUUGUUGGAACUAUUGGAUACAUGUCACCAGAGUAUGCAAUGCAUGGAAACUUCUCUGUGAGAUCAGAUGUGUUCAGUUUUGGUGUAUUGGUUCUUGAGAUUAUUAGUGGACAGAAAAACGCAGCACGUUUUGAAUCUGGUUAUAUGGACCUUCUAUGUCAUGUAUGGGAUAAAUGGAAGCACGGAGAACCACUAUGGAUAGUCGAUCCAAAUGUUGUUGAGACUUGCUCCAAAAACCAAGUUUUACGCUGCAUCAAUAUUGCCUUAUUGUGUGUUCAAGAAGAUGCUGAAUUAAGGCCUUCAAUGGCUUCUGUAGUCAUCAUGCUCAACAGCUACUCGGUUGUUUUACCGUUGCCUGAAAGUCCUCCAUUUGUGUCUCAUGGUAGAGCUAGACGCAUGACUUCAAAAAUGCUAGAACCAGAUAACAGUAUAAGUAAGUCGACUGUUUGGGGAACUGAGACGUCACUUAUUACUGAAGUACAUCCUCGUUUAUAACCUCUAAACAAUGAUGAAACUAGGCGUUAACAUAUUUAAUGUCUGGAACUUCAUAUAAACGAACACCUCUCAUUUAGAAAUUUGUUAUUAAUAUUAAACCAUAUGUAAUAUGCUUAUUGCAUCAAGGUAGCAUGUGUAGCCAUAAUCCAGAAUAAUAAGGAAAUAGGAAUUUGAAUAUAAUUAGGAGAUGUUUGCUUGUUUACCAAGUCUAGG